AUUUUCGAUAGGCGCGAUGUGUGAUUGUCGUAAUGAUGGCUGUUUUUGAAACAUUACGCUAAUAUGUUCGACAACACCUUGGGACGUUUACUAUUUGAAAUACAUAAUUUGGAUAUAUAAAUAAAUUAAAUUUCAAAACGUUUUGAGAUGGCGGAUCUAGAAGCUGUACUGGCGGAUGUUAGCUAUUUGAUGGCUAUGGAGAUGAGUAAAUCUACUCCUGCUGCCCGUGCCAGUAAAAGAAUAGCACUACCUGACCCAAGUAUCCGUGGCAUCAUGACCAAAUACCUGGAGAAGAAUAAUCAAAUCACUUUUGAUAAAAUUUUCAAUGAGAAAUUAGGUAUGUCUCUUAUCUAUGAAUUGUUUUAAAGCUAAUAUUUUUCCAUAAGGUUACUUAUUAUUCAGAGAUUUUGCGCUCAAUGUAAGUGAAGAACCUGUGCCUCAGUUGACGUUUUACGAAAAUAUAAAAAAGUUUGAAAAGUUGGAGACAGAUGAAGAACGCAUAAAACUUGGUCGAGAAAUAUAUGAUCAGCAUAUUAUGAAAGAAUUGUUGUCGCAUAAUCAUAAAUUCUCUAAAUCCACUGUGGAUCAUGUUCAUGAAUUGCUUACUUUAUCUCAGAAAACUAAAAAGCUACCACCAGAUACUUUUUCUUUAUAUAUAGAUGAAAUUCUUCAAUCUCUUCGUGGUGAUGUAUUUGAAAACUUUCUUCGAAGUCAAAAAUUCACACGAUUUUGUCAAUGGAAGAAUUUGGAAUUAAACAUUAAUCUGACUACUAAUGAUUUCAGUGUACAUCGUAUCAUUGGACGUGGUGGUUUUGGUGAAGUUUAUGGAUGUCGAAAAGCAGACACAGGUAAAAUGUAUGCUAUGAAAUGCUUGGAUAAGAAAAGAAUCAAAAUGAAGGGUGGAGAGACUUUGGCUCUUAAUGAGCGUGUCAUGCUCUCACUUGUCAGUACAGGAGAUGGUUGUCCUUUUAUAGUCUGUAUGACGUAUGCCUUUCAAACUCCAGAAAAGUUAUGCUUUAUAUUAGAUUUAAUGAAUGGUGGUGAUCUACACUAUCAUCUUACACAGCAUAAUAUCUUCUCUGAAUCAGAAGUACGUUUUUAUGCAGCUGAAGUUAUACUUGGUUUGGAGCAUAUGCAUAAUAGAUUUGUUGUAUAUCGAGAUUUAAAGCCAGCUAACAUACUUUUGGAUGAAUACGGCCAUGUUCGAAUUAGUGACUUGGGAUUAGCAUGUGAUUUUUCACGUCGUAAACCUCAUGCUAGUGUUGGUACACACGGUUACAUGGCUCCUGAAGUACUACAGAAAGGCUGCCCGUAUGACUCUUCUGCUGAUUGGUUUUCACUCGGUUGUAUGCUGUAUAAACUGUUAAGAGGUCACAGUCCAUUCAGACAUCAUAAAACAAAGGAUAAACACGAAAUUGACAGAAUGACUAUGACCAUGAGCCUUGAUAUUCCUGAUGGUAUGUCUUGUGAAAUGCGAUCACUUCUAGAAGGUUUACUGGCACGUGACGUAUGCAACCGUUUGGGAUGUAUGGGGCGUGGAUCUUUGGAAGUCCGUGAACAUCCAUUCUUUAAAGGAAUUGAUUGGCAACAAGUUUACUUACAAAAGUAUCCACCACCAUUAAUUCCACCUAGAGGUGAAGUAAACGCUGCAGAUGCUUUUGAUAUUGGCUCAUUCGAUGAAGAGGAUACCAAAGGCAUAAAGCUUACUGAGGCUGAUCAAGCAUUGUACCAAAACUUCUCACUUGUUGUGUCUGAACGUUGGCAAUUGGAAAUAGCUGAAACAGUAUUUGAUUUUGUAAAUCAAGAAGCAGACAAAAUUGAUGCUAAAAGAGCUCGUGCUCGACAACGCUCUACACAGACAGCUGAUGUUCCAAGCAGUGGAGUUACUUCGAGUACUGGAAACUUGUCGAACUCUGGGAGUGGUGGAGUUUCGAACACUGGGUCAGGAGGAAAUUUACUAUCUGAUAGUCUUACUGUUGAUGGUGUCGCAUCAGAUUGUAUUGUUGAAGGUGAAGUCUUAAAAUUAGGUGGACCAUUUUUACAAACAUGGCAGCGGAAACACUUGAGAUUAUUUCCAAAUCGUCUUGAACUGUACAACAAGUCCAGAGAUGGUUUAAUUCUUAAAAAAGGUGUUGAUCUUAUUUCAAUGCUUGAUAUUAAAGAAAUCUCUCCUGAAUUUUCACGUGUAUGUAAAAUGGAUAAUUGUAUUUCAAUUAAACUGAAAAAUGAUACCCGAUUGUAUAUAACUUCAAAUGACAAAAUAUUGAUUACACAAUGGAAAGAAGAAAUAUUAGAAGGUUAUCGAAUCUCAUGUGAACUGAUGGCACAUAUGAACAAGAAAGCGCAUAAAAUGUAUGGAGUUGUUGAUCCUGUAUCAAAUGCAGACAGUCAUCCGUCUGCUACAACCACUAUUACACCCGCACACACAUCAACUGUAGGCAUUGGUAGUAAUGUACAGCCUCCUCAUUCUGCUAAUCGUUUCCCGCAAAAAUCCCACUCACCCCCACAAGGUUCAUCACAACCUCGUCCUCGUUUAAGCCAUCAAGCAUCUAUGCCUUCCUAUCCAUCUGCAAAUCAUAAAGGCCAAGGUGCAUCUUUUGACUCUAUCACAGGUCCUAAGUCAGGCGGUGAUCAAACAGGUGAUACAGAUGGAAAUCAAGAGAUUAAUGCACAGGAUGGUGGAGGUGGUGUUGCUAGUGAUAACAGUAAUAAAUGUAAUUGAUUCUUUUUUUAAAAAAUUGGUUAUUUUCUUCUUAGAGGAAUAUCCUUUACUCCUUUUUUCUUCGGAUGAUGGAUAGAUGGAUAGAAGAAAUGAGCAUUUUCAGUUGUUUUCUGAUUCUAAGGAUCAAGGGAUUCAUGAAAAUACAAGGGAAAGACAAGUUGUGGAGGCUGGCAGCUUUCUGAUCCAAAACCGCAUUCCACUUUAGUUUCUACAAUCAUCAUUAUCAUCAUCAACAUUAUUAUUACUGUGUAAUCCCCGUGUGUGUGUUUAUAAUUAAAUAACUGUAUAUCAAUUCACCGUAUAGUG